AUGGCCCAUCCUGUGUGUGUACCCAACUGCCAGGGAAGACUAGCAGACAGAGGAAGGGGUGAAGCUAGGGCACACACACGCGGGCAAACGCCACAUCCCCGCCUGGAGGCCACGCUCGCCGCCCUCAAGGAGCAGCUGUCUCGUUUGAGGAGACAGGAUGUCGGCUUGAAAAGCCACCUGGAUCAACUAGACCAGCAAAUAAGUGAGCUGAAGCUGGACGUCAGUAAGACCUCCAGUGAAUACCUGGACAGUGACAGCCGGCCGAGCUCAGGCUUCUAUGACCUGAGUGAUGGUGGUUCUUGCUCACUCUCCAAUUCCUGCACCUCCGUGUACAGUGAGUCCAUCUCCUCCUCCCACACCAGUCUGUUGCCGAGCUCUCAACACCCUAAAGCAAGGCUCAGUGUGUUUGAUUACCGACCCAAGUCUGCAGAUGAAACUACUGUGCACAGCACCAGCUUCCCACAACAGGGAACCUAUGCCAGCGAUGUAUGUCGAAUUACGGAUAACACAGACGUUUCUGGGACUCCAGCCAGGUCCCGACCAAGGCCAGUUUCCACAGGUGACUUGGAAAGACUCAUUCCAGCAGACGGUAGAUUUCAGAAAGAGACAGAUCCCAAAUUCAUGUUGCCCCUUUGCCAUACAGGAGAACUACACUUGUUCAACAUGGACCCCAAAUUCCAGAAUGAUUUGGUCUCUAAGAACGGCAUUGAUGUAUACCCUUACCCAAGCCCCCUUCAUGCAGUGGCUUUGCAGAGCCCCCUCUUCUCCCUGGUGGGGACAUCCCCAGAAACAGACCUCCAGACUCCCUCCAGCAAACCCCUGCCUAGUGUGACGGGUCCCAGCCUGAUGAGGACUAGGCCAACCACAGAGGCCAAGCCAGGGGGUUACAUCAAUAAAUUACUCCAGCUGACGAGAUGCAAAGGCAGCAAUGGGGCCGAUGCCAGCGAGCGGGUUUCCACAAAGAGCCAGCCAUCUGCAAUGCACCAGAGACUCAUUAUAACCCCCAGCACUGGCGGAGUGAAAAUUAACAGCAGCAGUAGCCAGCUGGAAAAACAAGGGAGCUCUCUGGAAAGCAACAAAGCUGAGGGGAAGUUCCAGAGAGAGGUGCCGGAGGGGGAAUGUGCUAAGCAGCAGCAGACCACAUGCUCUCUGAAUGGAGAGCUGCUGCCGUCCACCCCGCCUGACACAGAACCGUCAGCUGUGAAUGCUUCUUAUCCUGCCAAGUCAGCUGCAAGGAGCUCUCCUCUGUCAGAAGCAAUGGAGAGUAGCGAGGAGCACAGUUCAUCCUGUUCACAGCUAUGCCAGGAUGACUCCAGCCAGAGCACGUGGAACUCUAAGCCUGUCCCAUCAAAAAAGCUGCCCCUCAAAAGAUGUGGAAACCCCAAACUGACUAACACCGGGGGUCAUGAGCGAGCAGUACGGAGUGAGUUUGUUCAUGCUCAGUUUGUCCCUGCAGAAUCCCACCAGGUCCGGGUCAAGUUUGCCAAUUCCAAAACAAAGGCAGUAAAGAUAAAGAGGAGAAACAGUGAAAAAGUGCUCCGGCCUGGGAACCAGGCCUUUUGCAUGGAGAAGGCAAGAGGGCUCCAUGGAGCUGCCAGGCUGCCUGCGGAGUGGAAUCAGCCCCAAAGACCACAUGGAAUGAAGAACCUUGCACGGAGACCUUCGUAUUCAGGUGAUGUGACUGGCAGGUCAUGCUCAGAGUCUAGCCUCUUGCCCACGCAGCUCAGACUGCUCCCCGUGCCGUCCAGGCCGGAGCUGCGUGGGGCUUCUGCUAAUGCGCUGUACUCCCUCGAAGCAGCUUAUGUGGAUGCAGCCGCCAAGAAGAAGCAGCGCAAGUGGCAAUCCACAGUGGAGAUUUCUGCCAAAGCCAACCUCUCUAGUGGCCUUGGUCUCGGGGCACCAAAGCAGCCAGCAAGGAGGGCUGGUGUCCUGCGUACUGUGAGUAUGAGGGCUCGCUCAAAGAGUCAUUGCCAUGGAGCUAAUGCCAAAAGCGAGUCAGACCACUCUGAGUACUCCGCAGAGUGCGCGUCUCUCUUUCACUCCACCAUCGCAGAGACCAGCGAAGGGGAGGUCAGCGAUUUCACGGCUAACCGCUUUGGGGACAGUGAGUCCAGUGAAAGCAAUCUGGGCAGCAGCAGUAGCGGCAGCAGCCUUGCCCUUGACUAUGAUGAGGGUGAUGAAAAUGAGCUGAUUUGGCCUGAAGCUUCUGUCAGACAAUCAGGGUCUGUCCAGGCCUCUUCCAGGCCGCUUCCCCCAGUUCCCAAAAUCUGUCGCAUCAAAGCUUCAAAGGCACUAAAGAAGAAGAUUAGGAGAUUCCAGCCUGCUUCUCUAAAGGUUAUGACCAUGGUUUGAGGGAGAUCAAUCAUCUCUUUAUCCCAGUGAGACAUCCUGCUGGCUGUCCUUUGCUAAACAGAAGAACUGAUGUGUGGAGAAAAGGACUUGCUUAAAUGAACUGUGAACAAUCCCUGAAUCAACACAAGGGAUCUUCUAAUUUGUUAAUGCUUGGACAUAAAUAUCCCUGUAACUUCCUCUUUUGCCAUUUACUCUGUAAAUAUGGAUCUAUAUAUAUUGUAUGAUGCCUUUUCUUACUAAGCAGAAGGGUCAUCAUGAUAAAAAUGAAAUGUUAAUAUGCGAUGACAUUCCCAAACAGCCUGUGCUGUAGGAUUUUGUGGGCAGGUUCUUGAGAGGUUUUUGUCC